CGGCGCUUCGACAUGGUAGCUUUUAGGGUGAGUCUUCGAAUCCUCUGUUCGGCAUACAUUUCUCUUCGAUCCGAGUCUCUUUAUGCUUGAUUCUCAUCUUUUCCUCCUCGUCGAUGCCUUUCCAUCAGUAUCAAGUGGUCGGGAGGGCGCUCCCUACGGCCGCCGAUGAGCACCCGAAGAUCUACCGGAUGAAACUGUGGGCAACGAAUGAGGUCCGCGCCAAAUCCAAGUUUUGGUACUUCUUGAGGAAGCUUAAGAAGGUUAAGAAAAGCAAUGGACAAGUGCUGGCAAUCAACGAGAUCUUUGAACGUAAACCCACCAAGAUCAAGAAUUAUGGCAUCUGGUUACGAUACCAGAGCAGAACAGGCUAUCACAACAUGUACAAGGAAUACCGUGAUACUACUCUCAAUGGUGCUGUUGAGCAGAUGUAUAAUGAGAUGGCCUCUCGUCAUCGAGUAAGGCAUCACUGUAUUCAAAUAAUUAAAACAGCGACAAUUCCGUCUAAGCUUUGCAAGAGGGAGAGUACUAAGCAGUUCCAUGACUCAAAAAUCAAGUUUCCUCUGGUGUUUAAGAAGGUUAGGCCUCCAACCAGGAAGUUGAAAACCACAUAUAAGGCAUCGAGGCCAAACUUAUUUAUGUAGCUUCAUUCAGCAUUCGGCAUCGAGGCCACAUACAAUUCAGUGUUGCAUUUAAUGGUGCUUUUCAUAGCCACUCACUGAACUGUUUGAGAUUGCUACAUGCGCUUUUUGAUAUGUUUUACAUAAACUGAAUUUGAUGGAUGGUGUAUUAGUUUUAGUAAAUGGAUGAUUGAAAAAGUUGAGGUUAUGAGCACAAGGAUGUAGACUAAACUUUGAAUGAGAAACAUGUUUGAUAAAGUGGUACUGCAAAGUGCAUAUUUGUAUUAUGAUGUUUGCUGAGCAAACAGAGUAGCUGAUCAUUUGGUGGUUUAGUGAGGUGUUCUUCAAUAACACAUUUGUCUUUGUUUUUA